CUGUAGCCAUGCAGACGACAUUUCAGCGUCACCUGGAAUUGAAUGAUAGCCAAUGUUUUAAUUUUGAAAAAACACCAUUAAAUUUUUAUGAUUAUUCAUUUGACGAUUCGCUUGUAGCGUUUGUGUCGAAAUAUGGCUAAUCGAACAAUUAAAGAAGCCAUUUCUGUUAAAGGAACGAAUCCUCAGUACUUGGUCGAAAAGAUCAUUAGAACUCGAAUCUAUGAUUCGAAGUACUGGAAGGAAGAAUGCUUUGCGUUGACGGCUGAGUUGAUGGUCGACAAGGCUAUGGAAUUACGCUACAUUGGAGGAAUAUUUGGUGGAAACGUGAAACCAACCCCAUUUCUUUCACUCACACUUAAAAUGCUUCAGAUCCAACCAGAGAAGGAUAUUGUGGUAGAAUUCAUAAAAAACGAGGAUUUCAAGUAUGUUCGGGCAUUGGGAGCAUUCUAUAUGAGGCUUGUUGGAACUUCAGUCGAAAUUUUUAAAUAUUUAGAACCACUUUAUAAUGAUUACAGAAAAAUUCGGUUUCAAAACAAGGAAGGAAAUUUUGAACUUCUGUACAUGGAUGACUUUAUUGACAGCCUACUGAGAGAAGAGCGUUUUUGUGAUGUUAUUUUGCCUAGGCUACAGAAACGCCAAGUGCUGGAAGAAGCUAACGAAAUUGAACCGAGAGUAUCAGCAUUGGAAGAAGAUUUGGAAGAUGAAGAUUCAGAAAGUGAAGAAGAAGAAGGUGAAAGGAAAGGUGAUUCUUUAUCUCCUCCUCCCACCAGUUCUCGUUCGAAACAAGACAGUGAACGUGAACGGGAGCGUGCUCGUCGUAACAGAGACAAAGAACGUGAACGAGAACGUAGUAGAGAUAGACAGCGUGAAAGGCAAAGAGACAGAAGCCGAAGUCGGGAAAGGAAUCGCAGUAGAGAACGAAACCGCAGUAGAGAAAGGAAUCGCAGCCGUGACAGGGAUCGCAGCCGUGAACGGGAUCGCAGCCGUGACAGGAAUCGCAGUCGACGCCAACGAAGUCGCUCUAUUGAACAAGGGAAUCGUGAUCACAGGAGAGACCAAGACAGGGAUCGCAGAGACCGCAAAGAUCGGGAAAGGGAGCGUGAACCAGAAAGAGAAAGAAGUAAACGAGGUGAUCGGGAAAAAUCCAACAAGAAGAAGGAUAGCAAGAAGAGUAGCAUUGCUGAGGUUGAUCCUGAAAUUGCAGAAGCAAAUGCUUUACGAGCGAAGUUGGGUUUAGCUCCUUUGCGGCCGUGAUCUGUAUGUCUUUUUCAAAAUAAACAAACGUUCAAUAUA